AUGACUCGCAUACAUUUAGAGAAAACAUAUGAGGCCAUAAUUGAUGCAGGAUUAAAUCCCGACGAUUUACGUGGAACAAAAAGUGGAGUCUAUACAGCCUCAUCAGUAUGCGAAUCUGACAAUGAUUGGAUUCAUACACCAGCAAUGGUUGAUGGAUACGGUGCGAUUGGAAAUAGUAGAGCAAUGUUAGCCAACCACGUAAGUCAAUGGUUAGAUUUACAUGGCCCAUCGUAUAAUUUGGAUACAGCAUGUUCAAGUUUCCUAUAUGCUGUUGAGCACGCGUAUAGAGAUUUGAGAGCUGGUAUUGUGGAUUGUGCACUCGUUGGAACGGGAAAUUUAUGUUUAUCUGAAAUGACAACAUUACAAUUUGCACGCUUGGGUUUAUUAUCAAAAGAAGGAGCUUGUCGAACUUUUGAUGAAAAAGCAAAUGGGUAUGUAAGAUCUGAAACAAUUGGAUGCAUGGUGUUAAUGCGUGCUAAAGAUGCUAAACGCAUCUACUCGUAUAUUGAGCACUCAAAGACUAAUUGUGAUGGAUAUAAAGCUCAAGGAAUUACGUUUCCAUCAGCAGAAGGUCAAUACAAAUUAUUGAAUGAAUUCUAUAACGAAAUUACAAUUUUACCGAAAGAUAUUGGUUACGUUGAAUGCCACGGCACUGGUACUAAAGUCGGGGACGUAGAGGAAUGUAUUUCAGUUGAGGAAAUAUUUUGUAAAAAUCGUAAAGCACCGCUAAAAAUUGGUUCGGUUAAAUCUAACCUUGGGCAUUCUGAACCAUCCUCUGGAUUUUGA